CUUCUCAUCACGUGAUUUUGGUGCCAAGAUCACCUGACUACACACGGGUCAUUUCUCUGUUUUUGUGCGUUUGUAAAUGUUCGGGGAAGUUGCACACAAUUAGCAUGUUUUGACUGUUUUUUUUUUUUUUAUAUGGCUAAGAUAAUGCCGUUUUCUAUCAUGUAGAGGACGCUUCAAUUCCGAAUCCUUUCUGACGAGACGCACGCAACAGAAUGGGCUCUUUGUAGACUCCAGAAAUCUAGCGGUACCUUGUUAGCUCAUAGCCAGUCAUUAUGCCACCGCAUGAUCCGACCUUAUAGCAGUUAGCUGUUAGUUAGUUCCUCUGCUGUAGAUCACCGCUACGUUUUGCAAUGUCUUCUAUCCUGGAUGAAUACGAAGACUCGCAGAACAGCAGGCACCCUGUGCAACAUAGUAGCCGCCUGUCUGCUGCUAACAUCGGCAUAACGCAUUCAGGGUUUGUGAAUGUGAGACUCGAAGAGGAGAAGCCGAUAUUCAACAAACAGAGGAUUGAUUUCUCACCCCCAGAGAAGAUCAACCACUUUGCUGUCUGUAACAAUCAGCUAUGCAUGAGUUUAGGGAAGGACACUCUCCUGAGGAUUGACCUUGCCAAGCCAGACCAGCCCAACCAGAUAGAACUGGGGAGGAAGGAUGACAGCAGAGUACACAAGCUCUUCCUGGAUCCCACAGGGUCCCACCUGGUGAUUUCUCUCAGCACCAGCGAGUGUCUGUAUCUGAACAGGAACACCCAGAAGGUGAGGUCUCUGUCCCGCUGGAGAGGACACCUCAUAGAGAGUGUAGGCUGGAACAAGCUUCUGGGGACCGAGACCAACACUGGGCCCAUCCUAGUGGGAACCAGCCAGGGAAUCAUCUUCGAGGCUGAGAUCUCUGCUUCAGAGGGAAGCCUGUUUAACACCAACCCUGACCAGUACUUCAAACAGGUCCACUCCCUGGAGGAGGACGGGAGGCCUGCUCCUGUGUGCUGUAUAGAGGUGGAGAGAGGUCCGGAGUCUAAAGUCGUCAUCAUCGCCACCACCAGGAAGCGUCUGUUCCAGUUCGUAGGUCGUGUGGCGGAGGGGUCCGAGCAGCAAGGCUUCAGCUCCGUCUUCUCACAGAACCAGGAGCUGCUGCCCAGCUUCCAGGAGUUUCCGUUUAACAUGGGCUACAGUGAGAUCACCUUCUACACCUCCAAGCUCAGGUCCUGCCCCAAGGCCUUCGCAUGGAUGAUGGGUAAUGGAGUUCUCUACGGUCAGCUGGACUACAUCAGGCCGGACUCGGUGCUCAGUGAUGUGCAGGUGUGGGAUUACACCCCAGACAUAGACUUCAGUUUCAACAAGCCCAUCUCCAUCGUGUUGACUCAGUUCCACUUUCUACUCCUCCUCCCUGACCGCGUCAAGGCCAUCUGCACCCUCAACGGACAGGUGGUGUACGAGGAUGUGUUUCCUGAUAAGUUCGGCACUCUGAAGAAGAUGAUCAAAGACCUAGCAGGAGGCCUGGUGUGGAUCUAUACUGAGAAGGCUGUCUUCAGAUACCACAUCCAGAGAGAAGCCAGGGAUGUGUGGCAGAUGUACAUGAGCAUGAACAAGUUUGACCUGGCUAAGGAGUACUGCCGGGACCGGCCAGAGUGCAUGGACAUGGUCCUGGCUAAAGAGGCAGAACACUGCUUCCAGAACAAACGCUACUUGGAGAGCGCUAAAUGCUACGCUCUGACCCAGAACUACUUCGAAGAGAUUGCUUUGAAGUUUAUCGAGGCAAAACAGGACGAGGCUCUGAAAGAGUUCCUGCUGAAGAAACUCAAUAAUUUAAAACAGAGUGAGAAGACCCAGAUCACCCUACUGGUCACUUGGCUGACUGAGCUUUACCUGAACCACCUGGGGCUUCUAGAAUCUGCCGAGGGGAAACAUGGGGUGUUCCAGGAGACGCGUGAUGAGUUCCGGAAGUUCCUCAGUAGCUCCAAACACAAGGAGUGUCUCUAUAACAACCGAACGACCAUCUAUGACCUGCUGGCUAGCCACGGCAACGUGGACGACAUGGUCUACUUCUCUGUCAUCAUGCAGGACUAUGAGAGGGUGAUCUCUCAUCACUGUCAGCAUGAUGACUAUAGCGCCGCCCUGGAGGUGCUCUCUAAGCACUGCGACGAGAAGCUCUUCUAUAAGUUCUCCCCCAUCCUCAUGCAACACAUACCUAAGAAGGUGGUGGACGCCUGGAUCCAGAUGGGUUCCAGGCUGGAACCUAAGAAACUGAUCCCAGCCCUGGUCAACUACAGUCAGAUGGGUUCAACACAACAGGUCAACGAGACCAUCCGGUACAUGGAGUUCUGUGUCUACCAGCUCACUGUGACCGAAGAGGCCAUACACAACUACCUGCUGUCCCUCUACGCCAAGUACAAACCUGAUAGUCUCUUGUUGUACCUGGAACAGGCUGGUACCCACGCGUCAUACAUCCACUAUGACUUAAAGUACACCCUGAGGCUGUGUGCUGAACAUGGUUACCUCCAGGCCUGUGUUCUGGUCUAUAAGAUCAUGGAGCUGUAUGAGGAAGCUGUCGAUCUGGCCCUACAAGUGGAUGUGGACCUGGCCAAGUCAUGUGCUGACCUGCCUGAGGAUGACGAGGAGUUGAGGAAGAAGUUGUGGCUGAAGAUCGCUCGUCACGUGGUGCAAGAGGAGAAGGAUGUGAAGAAGGCCAUGAACUGUCUGUCCAGCUGUAACCUGCUCAAGAUAGAAGACAUACUGCCCUUCUUCCCGGACUUCGUCACCAUAGACCACUUCAAGGAGGCUAUCUGCAGCUCUUUAGAGGAGUACAACCAGCAUAUAGACGAGCUGAAGCAGGAGAUGGAGGAGGCGACGGAGAGCGCCAAGCGGAUCAGAGAGGACAUCCAGGAGAUGAGGAACAAGUACGGGGUGGUGGAGAACCAGGAGAAAUGUGCUGCCUGCGACUUCCCCCUCCUCAACAGACCCUUCUAUCUGUUCCUCUGUGGUCACAUGUUCCACUAUGACUGCCUCUUCCUGGAGGUGACCCCUCACCUGUCCACCUACAAGCAGACUAAACUAGGUGAGCUGCAGAAGAAGUUGGCUGCAGCCACUCAGACCUCCAAGUCUCGCCACCGCCCCGCCCCCAAGGAGAAGGAGGAGGGGGGCGACACCGCCAGCCUGGGCAAAGAGAGUGCUGGAGUCAGCCGUGAGCAAAUCAAGUCAGACAUCGAUGACAUCAUCGCGUUUGAAUGCGUGUACUGCGGCGAGCUGAUGAUCAAGUCGAUCGACAAGCCGUUUAUUGAUCCACAGAAGUUGGAGGAGGAGAAGUCCAGCUGGCUCUGAGUUAAAUGGUUGGCAGCUUGGAGCUGAAAUGAGCUAGGUCUGAAAUGGACUGCCUGAUAUGAGGUGGGAAAAUUUGACUGAAAAAGGUCUGAAAUUAGUGAAAUGCGCUUUAACUGUCUGAACCAAUGAGAGGUGAAAUAGACUUGUGUGAAACGACUGAAAUGCGCAGCGUGUGCUGUCUGAAAUGGAACCGACCAGUGUGUACACUGUCGGCCAGGAAAUCAGCUGUUAUUCUCUUUGAUAAUGGGAUGUACAGCCACAGCUGCACAGUGCCGGGCGAUGGAUACUCACAGGAGUGGGGAAGAAUGCAGGCGCUCCUAUAUAAGCCCUAUGUGUCUCUGUAACAUGAUAUAUUCUACAGACUCUCUCUCUGCGAAGCUUAGAAAAACUGCACUAUGUCGGGAUCACACACCUUGGUUUAUUUAAACAUUACAAGAUCAGUUCACUAUCUUUUACACUCAUCUGUCUGAAUUAACAAAUUAACUUGUGAAAUGUUCUCUGAAAUUGAAUGCAUAUUUAUAAAUCUUCACUGGUAUUAGUUCCACUGGCUAUUGACAUGAGUAGUACUAUAAAAAGGUAUGUAAGGAACCACUGUUUUUGUUAUUAGUGUCCUUUAUGACAUGAGAACUUUCUUCACACCUGUUUCAUUGGCUGACAGUUUAUUAUGUUGUGACAUCUGAGAUCAGGUCAAUGUAACCCACUUUUGGUUUGCAAAAUGCACCUAUGAAAAUUAAACAAAUCUUUAAUUCUG